GUUCCCUACCAUUUUUAUCUCAUGUGACCGACCAUUUAGCCUUCAUUGACCUGGCAUUGCUCCUCUCUAUACUAUAAAUUAAAACUACUACCCUUUUACUACUAACUCAAAAAAUUGACUCUUCAAAAAGAGCAAAAGAAAUAAUGGCGACAGAGCUUGUUAUUACUGAGCUAAGAUUGGGAAUUCCAGGGGAAAAGAAAAGGGUAUUUUCAGAGAUUGACAGUGAUCGAAAUAGCAGCAACGUUAACGACGAUGAUGAUGUCAAGUGUCACAACAAGAACCGAGUUGUUGGUUGGCCGCCGGUUUGUGCUUAUCGGAGAAAGAAUUAUAAUAGCUCUAAAUUAAUGUACGUGAAAGUUAGCAUGGAUGGUGUUCCUUUUCUUAGAAAAGUUGAUUUGGGGACUCAAAAGGAUUACUCUGAAUUUGUCAUGAAUCUUGAAAAGCUCUUUGGUUGCUAUGGCAUUUGUAAGCGAAGUGUGAAAGAAGGAGACAGUUCAGAGUACAUUCCAAUAUACGAGGACAAAGAUGGAGACUGGAUGCUUCUCGGCGACGUUCCCUGGGAGAUGUUUACUGAAUCAUGCAAAAGGCUGAGGAUCAUGAAGAGAUCUGAUGCAAAGGUGAUAGGGAUUCGAACAAAGGACUUUCUCAAGGGAAUGUCCAAAGAGAAAUGAGGCUUUUGAAUCACUGGAUUAGUGAGAACUAGAGUGAUUGACCACUGGACGAGUGGCCUCUCAUUCAAUCAAUUACGUUACUGUUUUAUGUUCGUAUGUUUGUUUUGAGAUAUACACUACAACAAAUGUAGCUGUAAUUUUAGUGUUGUAUAAGUAUAUGGUUUCCCUGUUCUAGCACCUUGUUAUGAGACGAUUUUAUUUUUGUUGCUCUAUUAUUGUUAUACUUUUAAUCGAGAAUGUGCUUAAAGCUCGCAGCUA